GGGGUUAGAUUACUCAAUCAAUAUUAUAGGGUUGCUCGAUAGUGUUAUAGGAGUUACUUUAUUCUUUAACAAGCAGACACACGAUGUGGCUAGCUGCACACAAGACGGGUUGCAUAUACACAUUUAUUUUAUUUUAUUUUUAUUAAUGAUUGUGCAUUUGUUGCCCAUUAAAAAUUAAGAUUAGUUAGUUGUAUGGUUACAUGAUACAUGAAUGUCUCAACUUAUAAGCAAAAACUCAUAUUCUCAAACAACAAUGAUGUGGGCGGGAUUUGAUAAAUAGUUUAUUUUGCUUAGUGGUUAGUUGGUUACCACCCAAAGAUAAUUGUAGCUAAGUCAGUUGGCAUAUGUGUCCGAUUUCAACUAUAAUUAAACAAUUACAACUAUCAUGCAAACUGCAAACCUUGGUUAAGGGAAUUAUUCUGAUGUAGGGAAGUUGCCUAUUUUGUAUGGUGGGCGGUUAGUGAGGAAUCUGUCAAUGUGUAAGAAUAAUUUGGCCCUAAACCUCCUCUCUUCACAAAAAAGAAUUCAGAUUGGUAUAUUCUUCUUCUUUUUUUUUUUUACUUGUGAAAUUUAUAGUACUAUCUUUGCCUUUAAAUCUUGUGGUAGCUCUUCAUUGUUCUGCAUUGCAGUCUUAAACAAGUGUAUUGUUGACUGAAGCUGUUAGCAUCAUUACCAUGAGUGAAACUUGUAUGACAGGAGAGAUUGUGAAGGAGAUUAGCCUGAAGGAUAUCUCUAAGAAACUCGAAGAAUUCGCUCAGGCACGAGACUGGGAGAAGUAUCAUAGUCCUAGGAACUUACUUCUUGCUAUGGUGGGUGAAGUUGGAGAGCUGUCCGAGAUAUUCCAAUGGAAAGGAGAGGUGGCAAAAGGGUUACCAAAUUGGGAGGACUCAGACAAGGAGCAUCUGGGUGAAGAGUUAUCUGAUGUGCUGCUAUAUCUCAUCAGACUGUCUGAUAUCUGUGGCAUAGACCUUGCUGAUGCUGCUCUGAAGAAAAUGGUAAAAAACGCGGUUAAAUACCCUGUCAAUGGGCUUUAAGGCUGUUGCAUUUUCUGUUAUAGAUCAACCAAUUAAGUCAUCUAUCAAAGUGAGCAAAUGGUGUAGUUGAGGAAAUGCAACAAUUUUAUAAAGCAAUUUUCUUGGUGUUUAAUUUCUGUUUGCUAUAGUCGAGCUUGAGUUAUAUUUGCUCAAUCGUGUUUUCAAAUGUACAAGUUUUAGACUGAAAAGAUGGUCUAAGUAUCGAGUAUGGAAAAGAAAACAAUUGUAUCAUAUAAUGGAAUUGAACAUGAUGCAAUAGAUUGGGCUUGUUUGAAGAGUAUUUAAAGCAUUUGAUUUUACUUUAA